AGAAAUUACAGCCCCCGACACCCCCUCCCUCCCCCUGCCGCGGCCCAGGGAAUGGCGGAGCCCGAGCGGGCCCGGCCCGGAAAGGAACCCGGGGGCAAUGCAAGCCCAGAUGCCACCCACAGCCUGUUGCCCCCAGCCAGCUCUGUACGCAGCCCACGCAGACGGACAACCAGCCAGAGCAAGUCGGAACCUCCCCUACUGAGGACUAGCAAAAGGACCAUAUACACCGCUGGCCGUCCACCUUGGUAUAAUGAGCAUGGAACCCAAUCCAAGGAGGCCUUUGUUAUUGGGCUGGGAGGUGGCAGUGCAUCCGGUAAAACGACAGUUGCCAGAAUGAUUAUUGAAGCUCUAGAUGUGCCCUGGGUGGUUCUCCUGUCGAUGGAUGCCUUCUACAAAGUACUGACACAAGAGCAACAGAUUCAGGCUGCCAAUAACGAUUUCAACUUCGACCACCCGGAUGCCUUUGAUUUUGAACUGAUUAUCAGUACAUUGAAGAAGCUGAAACAAGGAAAAAGUGUCAAAAUCCCAACCUAUGACUUCACUACACACAGCCGCCAGAAGGAGUGGAAAACCCUGUACGGCGCCAAUGUGAUCAUAUUUGAAGGGAUUAUGGCAUUUGCGCACACUGAACUCUUGAAGCUGUUGGAUAUGAAGAUUUUCGUGGACACAGACUCUGAUAUCCGCUUGGUGAGGAGACUUCGCAGGGACAUCUCAGAGCGUGGACGUGAAAUUGAAGGGGUCUUAAAGCAGUACCACACCUUUGUGAAGCCUGCAUUUGACCAGCACAUCCAGCCAACCAUGCGCCUGGCAGACAUUGUGGUGCCCAGAGGCAGUGGGAAUACUGUGGCAAUUGAUCUGAUUGUACAGCAUGUACACAGCCAACUGGAGGAGAGGAAGCUGCGUUGGGAUAUGGCAGCCCUGGCAUCGGCCCACCAGUCACACCCUCUGCCACGUAUGCUGAGUGUCCUGAAGGAGACCCCACAAGUGAGCGUCAUGCACACCAUUAUCAGAAAUAAAGAAACUAGCCGGGAUGAGUUCAUCUUCUAUUCGCGACGUCUGAUGCGUCUCCUGAUUGAGCAUGCGCUGUCCUACCUGCCAUUCAGGAGCUGUACUGUGCAGACUCCACAAGGACAUGACUACAAUGGACGGACAUAUGAUGGUAAACGGAUCACUGGAGUUUCUAUCCUUCGAGCCGGAGAGACAAUGGAACCAGCACUGAGAGCCGUAUGUAAGGAUGUACGGAUUGGAACCAUCCUCAUUCAGACCAACCCCAGCACUGGGGAACCUGAGCUACAUUACCUGAGGCUCCCAAAGGAUAUCAGUGAGGACCAUGUGAUUCUUAUGGAUUGUACCGUGUCCACAGGAGCCGCUGCUAUGAUGGCCGUCCGUGUGUUGCUGGACCAUGAGGUUCCAGAGGACAAGAUCUUCCUGUUAUCUCUCCUAAUGGCAGAACUGGGAGUACACUCCGUGGCCUAUGCAUUCCCACGUGUGCGCAUCCUCACCACAGCAGUGGACAAGAAAGUCAACGACUUGUUCCGCAUAAUCCCAGGAAUUGGUAACUUUGGGGAUCGUUACUUUGGAACAGACGCGCCUGCAGACUGGAGCGAUGAGGACGAACCAGCCUGAUUUGUAAAGUCUGAUUGCCCUCACAUAAUACCUGCCUCGUAUCCCCCACCUCCCCGUUUGAACAGCCUGGGAGGGAUUCUUGCCCUUACGUCAAAUUUUCUUUUUUUUGUAUAUAAAACCAGAUUCUGACUACAAUAUUCUGAAACGGCUAAUAUUAUUGGUGUAUUUUGUCAUGUCUCCUGUCAGAAUGCUUUCAAUACACUUACAGCUGUAUAUACCAGGGACACAUUGAGGCAUGCUGGCAACCCAUCACCACACACUUUCCCAGUGUAAACUGGAUUAGAAAAAGACCCCCUUUCUCUGUUUGUUUGUUUUUUUUUUGUCAUUGUCCUAGCCUUCUUCAUGAAACGGGCCACACCUUCAUGGUUUGUUUUUUUUUCUUUUAUCUCAUUAACAAUGAAAGGCAAAAAAAAAAAAAAAAGGAAUUUUAAAUAUGGAGCGUUCCAUUGGUUCCUAUGGCGAUAAAUCCACUUUUACCGCUUUGCACCAGAAUUGCUCUUUAUACAUAACCCCCAAAUCUGCUUUGAAAACCACUGGCAGGAUUAUUCACCAAUAUGAGAGUUGCCAGGAAUUCAGGGUUAUUUCAGAUUUAAGGCCAAAAUAGCCAAAACCUGCAGCAUA